AUGGGACCCCUUGAUUUUAAUGCUCUGAAGAAGAUGCAGAAUUCUGCGAACGAACUGCUUCACUCAGCAGUAGUCCAAGAAGCACUGGUGCAGGAGCGGGAAGAGAAAUGGUUGAAGGAGUUGUCGGAUUCAUGUUUGGGAAUGUUGGAGGUGUGCGGAAUCUCGAAGGACGUUCUGGUGCUGGUGAAGGAACACCUUGAAGAUCUUCGAUUCACAUUGCGGAGAGCCAGCAUAGGGGAGGAGGGAAUGGAGGACAAGAUGGCGGCCUGCGAUUCCUACAGGAAGAAGCUGAAGAAAGAGACCCUCAAGUGUUUGAAAUGGCUCAAGGCCAAAAGAAUCACUACUCCAAGCAUAAUGGAACUGGUGUUGGUUGUUGAUGUUCUAAGGGAAGUGAGAUUGACCAGCAUCUCAAUUGUGGAAUCACUACUGUCUCUGAUUUCAACACCGUGGUUGGAGUCAAAGUCAAAAUCAUGGAGGAGGCGGUCUUUGUUCUCAGAUGCCAUGCUGCUUCAAAGCGCAAACAAGAGGCUUGCAGGGGUUCAGAUGGCGAUUCAAGAUCUCGACCUUGAGUUGGACUGCAUCUUCAGGCGUUUGAUUCACACUAGGGUUUUGCUCCUUAACAUACUCACGCCAAAUUGA